CAGAGACAAACCUUCACUUAAUUCGUAAUAUUGUCGACGUAUGUUUAAACAUAUGCGUUGUCAUUGCAGUUUUAUAUGUAAUUAUUUCUUACUGAUUUUAUCUAAGCAAUUUGUGAGGAGGAACGUUAUUGUUAUUGGCGCCUAACAAUGCGAGGUCAAAUCAAAUUGGUGGCAUGUGGAACGGCCAAGAAGUUGACUGUCACUCUGUUGGGAAUUAGAAACAUUUUGUCUUCAAUAGGAUGCAGCAUUUACAUAAAGAUUUCCCUAAUUUCGGAAAAGUGCGAAACACAUGCUGAACAUAUCAUGAAGGUGCACAUGACAGCAAAAGAAACCAUUCUCCACGAGACGGUCUCUUUUAACUUGUCUCGGAUGGCAUUGAAUAGAAGAUUGCUGAUUGAAGUCUGGUCACAGGAUAUGACUCCGGUGAAUUUGAAAGGAUGCACAAGCUUUGGACUUCGGAAGUUUAUGACGAAUAAUGAGAUAAUUCAAGGUUCAUAUUACUUGCUUGGUGAGAACAUAGGACGACGAAAACAUCUUGCUGUGAAACCGAAUCAAAGCCUCAGCAGAGAAAACAAUGUAAAGACAAUGAAUUAUAAUCAGUUCCCAGCAGAGACAUCACAAAAUGACAAAUCACAAGCUGGAUUCACGCCGAGCAGAAAAAUGAUCGAACAUAAGGAGAUCCAAUUAUCGACUACUGCCAUUGUAAGAGAUGUCCAAUUUGGCGCACAAACACAAUCGCCACCAUGUGUUUCAUCAGUCACAGAAGGAUCACAAGCUUAUUCCGUCGGACUCCGUGAACGAGACGUAAUAUUGUCAAUCAAUGGGUCAAUUGUUAAUACCCGGACUAAUUUUGAAUUUCAAAAUUUACUGAGAUCUUGUUCCGGUGUUGUAGUGCUGAAAAUUCAAAGAAGUCAUCGAAACAACCGAGAAUUGAACAAUACACCAAAAGGCGGAUAUAAACGUAAACUUAAUAGAAGAGGUGGUGUUCGACACAAAAAGCGUAAAUUGAACGAACAUCGACUAAGGACAUCAGCGCAAAAUAACUUGCAAUUCAUUACAACGAGAGAAAAACUACAAAAGUAUAGAUAUAUAGAAAAUGAUAUAGACCAGCAAACGCCAUUCAGACCCCAAUAUGAUAUAAAGCGCCGAAUCAAACCAAUACAAUUUGAAGACGAAGAUAAUGAUGAUGUGUUUUUGACUGAAGAGCAGGAACAGACAUUUCAAAUUUGCAAGCCCCCGUUAUAUGCUGGUAACUCCAUUCCCUGUCGUCCUAGUAACACUCCCGGUACACCGCUGUGUUUGGCGUCCGUUACAUACGGUGCAAAUUUGCAAAAGUCGGCGAGAAUAGUCCGAAGACGAACAUAUCAUGACGGGAAAAAACAACUCGCGCAAUUGAGACAAAUGGUUCCCGGAUGUGAAUCGCCGAUUCUUCGACGAUCUGCAAAAAGAAGCAUCAACGGAUAUGAACGCACAAGCAGCAAAAGAUAUUUUAAUAAGUCGGAGAGUUUUCGUAUGCAAAAAUCGGCUGGGAAUGAGAAGUUCACCUUAUAUUAUCCUGAUUUCAUAGAUUUUCCUCAAAAAUUCGAACUUGGGGCACCGAGUGAUACCGUGUCAUCUGAAAUAAAUAGCUCGAGGUCGCAAAAUUAUGACAAUGAUCGCGUGGAAAUCGUUAGUGUUACGUCAUCAAGCGAUGUUGAUCCAAAAAGAAUAAGAAGUCGGUCAUGUUCUUCCGAAUCAGAUUUGAAAAUGAAAGAAGAACUACAAAACAACAAAAAUAUUUCGAGUAAAAUUGAUUGGAUCGAAACAGAAAAGAUUAAAAAGAUAUUUCGUGUCAAGUCAAGAAAACAUAAGAACGAGGAGAAGAAAGGCUACACAGCACUGGAAAGUAAUAUUAUUAACGUAUCGUCUUGUUCCUCCAAUUCUUCGUCAGCGAAUGGACUGCUAGCUAUUUUGAAAGAUAAAGGUAAAUGUGCUUCCUUUCGCGCAUUUCUUGCAAUAGAGCACAGUGAGGAAAAUCUUGAUUUUUGGACCGAAUGUGAAAGUUACAAAAAUAAGAAGACAACAAAACAACGUAAACUUGCGUCUGCGAUCUACAGAAAAUAUAUCCAGUCUGAUGCAGAGUGUGAGGUUAAUAUUACAUCAAAAAUACGUUCACUGAUAACAGAAAAGCUGCAGAAUCCAACCUCAGAAAUGUUCCAGGAAGCUCAAGAUCAUAUAUUUCGGUUGAUGGAAUCUGAUUCUUACAGACGAUAUAUUUCACAAAAUUAAAUUUAAAUGUUUAGAUGUGUUUUUUUACCAAUUUCGUCAUUUGUUCCUGCAUAUGUUCUUUCGUUUAUUGAUUGAAUAAAUAAACUAAAAACC